AUGUCUAGGAAUAAACAAGAACUCCGUUUCCUCUUCAUUCUCGGUACCAAGUCUCUACAAGAUGGCAGGAAUAUGAGUAUCCUAGUGAUAUUCUACGCUCUGUUCCUGUCUAUAGUUUGUAGCUCAACGGAUUCUCGAGGUGGUGGAAGUAAUGGAUAUACUGAACCUUUAGUAUCCAAAAUUGAUGGUUCAAAAUACAGUACAUCAGUAUUAGAGAAGGAUGGUGUUCCAAUCCUUAAACUAGAGGCAAAGGAAGGUAUGGUAGUUACUGAACUCAAGUAUGGAGGUGAGACUAUAUGGGAUGGAGAUGGAGAAGUAGAGAUUUUAUCAACUUUGAUCUACUUUAGUGAUGAUAGACCAGAAGUAGUGACACUAAAGUGUAGGGAAAAUGGCAGGGAUCGCACCCUAAUCCUCCAUAAGGAUGGAAAGAAGUGGAAAGAGAGUAAGGAGGAACAUGAAAGAAAGCUCAAGGAACUACAGGUUACUAAAAAACAUGUAGAGGUUAAAGCUAAAGAAGCCAAGACAGCUGCUAAAGAAAUUACUGUGGUUGCUACGACAGAGGCUGUUUUCACUUCCACAAAUAGUGCUGGUAACGCUUUCAGAAAGAAAACCGUUUCAGGGGAUAUACAAGUUGGAAAUGAUUUAGUAGGAGAUACUUCAAGAGGUGCCAGGGUUGAAGAUGAAGAGUCUACUGAACCUUCGCUAGGAGGCACUGAGGAGGAUGAACAGGAUGAAUACGAAGAUGAGGAUAAUGAUUCAGACGAGGAAGAUGAAGAACCAGAGACUACCGAAGAGAAUGAGGUAAAGGAUAAUGAACCAGAAGAACCUAAAGAGUUUGAAGAUGAGGAUGAAGACCCAGAAUUUCACGAUGGUUUCUGGGAUACUCCUGACGACUACUCUGAAAGGCAAGAUGAUACCCAAGACGAACCAGAUGGACUUGUAAUUGAUGACGAAGAAGAGGAUCCAGAGGAAGCUUAUGAGGAUGAUAGUCUUAAAAGUGCUCCCGAGACUCCUACUAAAUCACGAACACGUUCUGAAGAAGGUACUAUUGGAGGACUAGAACAAGGACAUCCUAAAGAAUCUGAAGACAACGAUCUAGGGGAGGAAGAUGAAGAUGAAGCGGAGGAAUCAGAAAACUCUUCUAGUGGCCCAAUUACCAUGGAUGUUGCCAACCUAUGCUCUCAAAACUACAAGCAUGUUGACUAUGUCUACGACAACAACUACAUUAGACUGUUCCUACCAAAUGAGGGUAUGAUCAUUGCCAAACUAAUCGAUGGAGAGAAUUCUAUAUGGGAGGCAAAAUCCGAUGAAAAGUUUGAGUUUGCCAAGGUAUACCUAAAUAAGGACGGUAAAGCAGAAGUCAUGCUCGUUACAAAGAAUACUCCAUCUGGUGUGAAGUGUAAAUAUUACACAAAAACUUGGACUGGAUGGAGGGAAUCUAAAGACAUUGGUGACAGGGUACCCAAGUUGAAAGUAUUUGCUCAACAGAAAUCUGACUUUAACAUUGACCUUUCAUUAGAAACUAGUACUACAGAAUGUACCAUAUUUGAAGCGGAGUUACUGGGAGUUACUACCAAGCACUUUUAUCCUAAACUUGGAUAUAUCGCAAAGGAAGUAAUGUACAAUGGCGCUACGCUAUGGAAGAGCACAAAUGGCAAUGAAAAGUGCAUCGGAUGCGAAUUGUAUCUUAGGGGACAUGGACGUCCACUCCUUGCAAUUACCAUUAAGGGAAGAACAAAAGACUACAAGUUUUUUGAAAAGGAAGGGUCUAGGUGGGUUCCAAUUAAGAAUGAAGAGUUUUCUGAAAAGUUGGAACGCAUGAAGAUUGCCAAGGGGGAAUCAUUAAAAGAUUUUUAUGAGACCAAUGAACCGGAAGGGCAGGAUAUGAAUGUCCCAGAGCCACAGGGAGGAGAAGCUGAGGAAGAGGAAGAUGAACCUCCAUCUCAAGAGGUAAAUAUGACUAGAAAUUAUUCAAGGUCAACUGGAGGCUCUUCUGACCGUGUUUAUACAUCCCCUUCUGAAGUGGAUAGACUUCCGAAUUCAUCAAGAGAAGUAAAACGCAAAAUUACAAAGGAUAGGGAAGUCAAGGAUAUACCUGUUGAAGUAGAAAACUAUACAAUCAGGAGGAAAACUAGCACUCCCACCAUUCACAAGGAAACAGAAGAGACUAUUAGAGCUCAGAGAGUUCCUGCCAAUCAUGUAAACAAUAAUGCACAAAUGCAGAAGAAUAUAAAUUGUAGAGAAACUUCCAAUUAUAAUGAAGAUAAAAAUAUUCAGCCCAAACAAGUUGCAUUCAGCAACUCCCAAAAUUUUGAUGUUAACAGAAUCAAUUGUAUUGGUAGUUCUGAAGGUGAAACUGAGGGUGAAAUGAAGAUUAAAACACUGAAGGUGAAUUCUCCAGUUCCUCAGUCGGACGAACACUCUAUACUUACAACAUGGUCUAAUGGAGACCCUACUCUUCUUAACCUGGCUCUUCAACAACCUCCUUCUACUGAGUGGUAUCUUGAGAAAAUAAAUGAGAAGUGGAAUGAUGUUACUGGGAGAGUGUUUGAAGAAGAGCUUAGGGUAUUGAAGAGAGAUCAUGAACAUGCAGCACCUAUCACUCUUGACCUUGCCAAUCCUAAUAAAUCCCAGAUAACUGUACAGACAGGAAACUAUAGUGGAGUAGAAUAUAAGGGGUAUUUUCCAAAGAGAGGUCAUUAUUUCUCUUCUUUCUCUAACGACGGAAGUCCUAUCUGGACAAUUUCUAGAGGUGAAAGGUGUUUCCUUGCACAGUCUUUUACAAAUGAGAGUCUUGCUCUCUUUACUCUUGUAAGUGAUUUUGGACGCAAGUACUUUGAGAAAGCAGGUGGAAUAUGGAAGAGUCUUAAUAGGGGUGACUUUUUCAAUAAGCUUUACGGAAUGGGAAAGUCUGAAGAACCAGCUGUUCAACCUACUUCUCUAUCUGAUCUCAAAUCAAAGGUUGACUCUACUCUCUUUUAUGUAGAGAGCGGAGAAGAGAAUUAUGUUACAGUCCUUAAACUUAAAGCUAAGGAGGACAAAAAUCCUACGAAACUUGUUUAUGGAGGUGAGACUAUAUGGGAUGGAGAGGGUAAGGUAGAGGUUUUAUCAACCCUAAUCUACCUUGAUGGAGAUCAGCCAGAACUUCUAACAUUACAUCACUGGGAAAAGGGCAGGGAAGGAAUUCUCUUUCUCCACAAUACCGGUAACAAGUGGCAGGUGGUCCAAAAGGAGGACUAUGAAAAGUUGCUAGAGGAUCUAAAGAAUAAGGGUAAACUUGGCGACCUUGUUACCCUUAAUCUUGUCAAUCCGGAUGAAUCAAAUAUAGAUACAGAUGAAUACACUGAAUCUGGACUAUCCUUCAAGGCAUAUACUCCAAAGAAUGGUUAUCACAUAUCCUCUGUUAUGGAUGGUCAAGUUUAUGUUUGGAAGGCUAAAGCUGGUGAGAGAUGUACCCUUGUAGAAUCUUACAUAGAGGGAGAUUCUACUCUCAUAUCCAUAGUUAUUAAUGGUAGUGACUAUGGACUAUAUUUAAAGUAUUUUGAGAAGGUAAAUGGUGAAUGGAAGAAUCUUACACAAGGAGAUUUUUUCAAGAAACUCAAUGGAAUGAAAAGGUUUGGAUUAGUAUAUGAAAGACGUAUUCUCUUAUCUUCCAAGGUUGAUACAAAGUCGUUUGAUGUGAAAGUAUCCAAUUACAAUGGAGUUCCUGUUUUACAAUGUAACGCGAAGUCUGGUCUAUUUGUAUACAAUCUCAAGUGUGGCAACGAUAUAAUCUGGAAGGGAUUUGACGGAGCCGUUUGUAUAUCAGCCCUAAUCUAUUUUAAAGGAAACAAACCUUAUAUUGUCACAUUGCAAUCUAGGAAAAAUGGAGAAGAUCGUAUCCUAUUCCUCCAUUACAAUGGCUGUAAGUGGGAACAUAACAAGAGAGAACAUGAAAGGAAACUUAACACAUUGAAAGAAACAUAUAGAAAUAUUAGACUCAAGGAAGGGAUUCUUCGGAAAUCCACCAUUAUUCCUUCAGCUGGACAAUAUAAUUUUGAUAGUAGGGUACAAAAUUCUCAAAGAUCUGACAAAUCCACCAAUACUGAUAAUCUCGAAGAUCAACUGGAAUGGACUGAUCUCGUAGGUGCACUCAGAGGAGGCAACCAAUAUAUAGCCUACGAUACUGACAUAAUGUCUAUGAGUAGAGAAAGAGAGCUCUUUGGGAAGAUGGAUUACACAGACUCCAGAGAUUUAUUUAACACUCAAUGGUAUUCAGAAGAUAGGCCAAUAGAACAAUUUUAUUUGGAUCCUAUGGAUAAUUUUACAUAUUAUCCCCCAAAUUUUAUGGUCCCUGAUAAGGAUUCAUGUACUAGAUGUGCCAUGGAACGAAUGAUAACACCUCUCUUCUUUCCAGAAUUUCAGAGUGAUACAGUUAUUAAUGUCUCAAAGUAUAAUCCAACCUUCUACAACAUUUACGACUACUACUUUGACGAUGUGAUCACGAGGCUGAUUGUUCCUUGGUAUUGGACAGAGAUAACAAGCCUGAGUCAUGGUGGGAAAGCUAUAUGGAUGGCGCAUGAAGGAGAGAGUUUGGUCUAUGCCACUGUUCAUCUGAGGGACACUAUGCCAAUCCUGGUCUACAUUUUAAAAGAUUGCACCUCUGCGAAUAAAACCGAGACGUUAUUGAGAACCAAUAAUGGAUGGAGACUCAUAGGAAACUACCCUGGUGCCUUCAAGAGUAUCCCUAGACCAAAUGUGGUUAAAUUUCAUUGUACUAUAGACCUCACCUGCCCCGACCAUGGCAGAGUCAAGGUCUUUGACACCGUCAUUGGUGGACUUAAAACCCGAUUCUUUAUUCCAAGACUAGGAUUUCGUGCCUAUAAAAUCGCUCACAAUGGUGCCGUCAUAUGGAGGUCUCCAGAGUAUGAGUAUUCAGGAAAAGAGUCCCAAUGGAGAGCCAUUAUCGUGAGAGCCUACCUGAGGGGUAACUCCUGCUUCCUUGUAAAGGCUACCUUAAAUACCACAUAUGGCUCAUUAAGCUCCAUAAACUACAUUUACUUGAACGGUAGAUGGAUUGAAAUAGAUGAGCGCGAAUCUGAGAGAGCGAAAUGGGCACUAAAGGCUUAUGUAGAUCCGCAGGAAUGA